AUGAGCCAGGAACCCACCAAGGACUCACUUAGUACACCAAAACAACUAUGGCUGAAUGAAUCUGAUGAUUACCUGGAUCUUGUGGAAAAACCGGACGAAACUACGCUGUUUUUUGGUAUAUUUUACCUUGAUAAAUGGAACAAUAGAGAUGAUGAUCUAGAGAAGCUGAAUGAGGUGAAAGCCAAACUGAUAGAGUUAAUCGAUCUUUGGAAUACGUUUUAUCCAUGGGGAAACUACGAGGGUAUCAAGGUUGACACAAUUGUGGAAUCUGGGGAACGUCCGGUUGUAUUUGGCUCAUUAUGCGUGGAACGUCAUCAGGAAGUAGAAGAACGCUUGGUGGUCUGUCUUUUGCAAAAACUAUCUGAACGAUUGGAAGCCAGUUUUUUCAUCAAGACUUGCACCUCAGAGGGCGACUUUUUGCUGAUGGAGUGCCACGAUGUGCUGCCGUCAGAAUAUCAAUAUCCAAUGGGCAACAAUCGAUUAUGGGUACACCAGGGCAAGUUCAAGUUCAUACCUGUGGAUUUGGCUCCAAAGAGAGGAAUCAGAAAGGAAGAGGCGUUGCAAUUCUUAACAAACGAAUAUUUCAAACUUUCAGAGGUUCCGGACGUCUCACGUCGAAUUGAGGAAAUCACUGGAUUGGCUCGAUUUCCCGGCUUACAGGUGGAAGAGUUGGUAUCUUUGCCUUUAUGUAUGGCCGAUGAAAAGACAGGUGCGAUUUUACUUAAAGACCCGAAAGCCAUUAGUUUGGCUCUGAAUAACAUCUAUUUCAACGGACAGGAUACUAAAGAAACGGUGGUAAUCAAUCAGGCUACUGAAAAAGAGGACAAACAUGAACUACAAGUUCUCAUAUCUAAGGCACAAGAAAAAUUCUUGGCUGGGUUUUUGCAAGACUCGGGAAUCGAUCUAGAGAGCAACGCUUUACCUACAAUAACUGGUCAAAUCGUAUCUGCAUCGCUACGGGAUCUAAUGCGCAAUGAAGAGCUGAGAGCACCUUCACCCAAAGGGUUUACAAUGGAUUUUGUGUCGAUUCUAAAGGCGAAGAGCUUUUUGGUUAAAAACUAUGAACCUUCUAAAGCUGACUUUAUCGGAGCAUUGCGUCGCGAAGACGAAAUUACCGACGAGGAUGUCAUAUCACGUAUGCAACGUCUCUUUUCCAACAUUCGUAUGGAUAUGGAUUCUGGAAAUGCCCAGGAGGCAAAGGACUCAGACAGCUCAAGCAAUGAUGACAGCGAGGACCUAGCAAAUAUCGAAGCAAUGAAUUAUUUCCGAGAUCAAAACAUAGACAUUGACGAGGACGACUUUUUCGAGUAUUUCGUUACGGAAGCCCUCAAGUUGAAGCAAAGUGAUCUUGACGACAUGCGUCAUAAGGAGAGCUCAAGUCCGAGUGGAUCACCGCCAAAUCACGAAGAAAUGCAAAUGCUCCAAGAACUUGAGAACCUUUUCGGUCUGAAGAAUCAGGCUGGAAGCGUAUGA